AUGACCUGCCAAUGGUCCGGCAUGCGCUUCGUCGAAAAGUGCUUUUCUUUUCUCUUUAGGUACAACUUUUUGAAUUUCACCAUCUUUUUGGGUGAUAAACAAAUUUCCAUCAGCUUGGAAAAAUUGAUUGACUUGAAAUUUCUUAUUGAAAUUUUCCAAUUUUAUUUCUCCUUGAGCGUUAGCUCUUAGCCGUAGAAGUAGUGUUUUCCAGCCUUCAUCUUGUUCAAGCCAAUCAAGCCACGAUUUUUGAUCAUUUGGAUUUUCAAUUUCAUUUGAAGCAUUUUUGGAUGUUUCAAUAGCAUUGAGGACUGUUGAAUAUUCUACUAACGGUUCUCCAGUUAGUUCUUCAUUUGAAAUUGAAGCUCCACCACGUGAUAAAGCGUCCGCGACUUUAUUUAUUGAUCCUUUCAAGUAAAUAAUUUCAAUUUGAAACUCUUGAAGUUCAAGGGACCAUCUCAGUACUCUUGGCGCUGCUUGUGCGGAUUUCAAUAAUGAAACAAGCGGCUGGUGAUCAGUAUAGGCCUUCGUUUUUAGACCAAGAAUAAAAUGUCUGAAUCUUCGCGUGGCAAAAACCAAAGCCAAAGCUUCCAAAUCUGUUAUAUGAUAGUUUUUCUCAGCUGAUGUCAACGAUUUCGAAGCAAAUGACAGCGGAUGUAGUUUUCCGUCUGACAUUUUUUGCGCUAAAACCGCACCCAAUCCUGAGUAACUGGCAUCAGUGAAAAUACAGAAAGGACUUGUUCCGUCUCUUGCUGCUUGAAUAUCCGGCUGACCGAGAACAGGAGAAGUUGAAAGAGCCUUUUUCAACUCUUCGAAAGCCUGUUGUUGAGGUUCGUUCCAUUCCCAUUUGGUUUUUUCUGAAGUCAAUUUGAAUAAUGGGCAAGCUUUUUUCGCAUAUCCCAUCACAAAUUUUCGGUAGUAUCCGCUCAAGCCCAAAAACGACUGUAAUUGGACUCUAUUUGUGGGUUGAGGAAAAUCUCGAAUUUUUUCGAUUUUUUCUUCAUCCACUUUGACUCCGUUUUCAGUUAUCAAAUGACCCAAAUAUCGCACUGAUUUCUGCGCGAUUGAGCAUUUAUUCGCCUUGAAUUUCAAUUUUGCUUUCCGAAACCUUUCGAAAAUUUGUCUCAAAAGUUCAACAUGUGCUUGUUCAUCUUCUGAUGCAACUAGGACAUCAUCAAUGUACACAUAUGUUCCGUGACCAAUCAAAUCAUCCAAUACCUUUUCCAUCAAAGCUUGAAAGGUAGCAGGACUGGUAGUGAGACCAAAUGGCAUCACUUUGAACUCGUAGAAUUUGUCCAGAACCGCAAAAGCCGAUUUUUCAGCAGUUUUUUCAUCCAAUUUGAUUUGGUAAUAACCGCUAAUUAGAUCAAGACUAGAAAAAACCUUUUUUCCGUUCAAUGAUUGUAAGGUAGCUUCGAUAUUCGGCAAUGGAAAAGCAUUUUGCUUGGUAAUUGAAUUCAAUUUUCGGUAAUCUACACAGAGUCUGAUUUCGCCUGACUUUUUCUUGACCAAUACCACUGGAGCACACCAAGGGGAUUUGCUCUCCUGAAUCACUUCUUUUUGAAGUAAUUCGUCCAGUAGCUUUUGGACAUUUUCUUUCAGACCCAGCGGCACUGGUCUUGGUUUUUGGCGGAUUGGAGGAUGAUCAGCGGUAUCGAUUUGGUGUUGCACAAGAUCAGUUUGUUGCAGCUCAGUUUCUGA